AUGGACGGAUUUGAUGAGACAAAAAUGAAACAGCUUCAGCUGUUGAAGGAAAAAAUGAAGAUUGCCAAGGCACAGAAAGUGGAAGAAGUAAAAAAAAAUGAAGACGUCUUCUCCCUCUCGCAUGACGUAAAAAAUGUAAGAUCAUUUGAGACACAAGAUAUCCGAUUUAAUAAAAUAGGGAAAAAAAUUUUCGAUUCUUUUACUCCCAAUAAAAAAGCAACACACAUUAAGGGGACGAAUAGUAGGUACCCCUUUCAGCAAGUGAAAAGCGGAAAUCCUAACGUCCCCUUUAAGACAAAGAAUGGACUGAUCAAAUUGCCAAACGAGUCCAAUGCGUUUGAUACGCCACUAACAUUUGAAGAAGUCAUGCGAAGAAAAAAUGAGAAGAAAAAACGCGAACUGGAAAGAGGUGGACAGAAUGGCAUGGUAGACAUGCUGAAUAAUGUAAGGCAGUUUAAUUUCAGUGACAACCGGGAGGACAAAAGCGAGUCUGGUCUCCUUCAGGGCAUGCCUCGCGCCUACCCGGGUAAUGCCGAUGGUGGCCACGCUGACGAGGAGGGGCAACUACACCAAGCCAAUCACGACAGUCACGCGGGAAGCACCGAUGUAUACGGCCACAUGUACAGUAGUAGCCCCUUGAGGCAAAUUCACGAAACGAAUGUCGUGAGCAACUAUGACGAUGCAAGUGGACUCCACCAAAGGAAACUGCACGACAAAGCCACCAACAGGGAAGAAGCCUCAAGCGGAUACGCAACCGAAAACAAUCAUUCAAUUAAUGGGAGCAUCUCCAAUAACACUAGUCCGUUUGGCAUGGACGUAGUGAAGAACAGCCAGUCUCUUUCUCAUGGUAUGAAUUCUUUCACUAAUUAUUUCGCACACCAGCUGGGGAAAGGUCAGGACGAUGCACAAAACGGGGCACAAACCGGUGCAGAUUUUAACAGGACUUCCCCUCACGCUGCUAACAAUGUGGGAAAUCCUCUCAGCGAGAGCUUCCCAGGUACCAGCGGUGGAAGUCGAGUUGGCGGUUUGUUUGGCACUCGUGGAGACCUAACCAAUCGUACUGGUAGUAACAUUUUUGGCUGCAGUUUAGCUAAGCUAAAUCAGUCCAUUUUUAACCAAACGGUUAACGUUACGAGGUCAGGUGAAGAGUCAAGUAUCAAUAUGCAGAACGGGAAUCAUAGCAAUAUGACUCCCUCUGCUAGCAGUGUCGUCAAGGGGGAAGUCCGGGGGGAGACUGCCCACAGCCUGUUUCAGAGCAGUGGAAAUAGCCCUGUCAGAGUAAGUAGCAUUUUCGGCACUCAUAAUGCGCCUAUUGGGAGUAACCAACCUGGUACGAAUAGCUCUGUUGUGCCCCCAUCUCCAAACCAAGGCAUCGAAGCGAGUUCCCUAUUCGCUCGCAACGAUGGAAAUAGUAAUGGAAACAACACGGGCAGUUUUCUUAAUAACUCAUUCAGCGGUAAUAAUUUGAGCAGCACGCGGAACACGCCAGAUUUAGCAGGCAAAAGUGGUCUCUUCAACAACACCAGUGAUGGCAGCGGGGGUAACGUUUUUGGAAAAUCGAGAAGCAACGUUCACCUGUUUAGUGGCAGUGGAGGUAUCUUCGGGAAGUCCAACAGUGGCGCCACGAACUUGUUUGGAAUUGCCCCUAACGAGAAGAACCCUUUUGGGAGUGCCGCCAACGAGAAGAACCCUUUUGGGAGUGCCGCCAACGGGAAGAAUCCACUUGGGAGCGCCACUAACGAGCAGAACCCAUUUGGGAGUGCCGCCAUCGAGAAGAACCCACUCGAGAAGGCAAAUAUCGGAAAAGGCAUUUUCGGGAACGUUCCAGGUAGCAGCAAACCCUUUGGAAACGCGGCGGGCAGCGACAACCUCUUCGGAGGUCCCCCCAGCGGAAGUAACAUUUUUGGCACCCCCGCGAAUGCCAGUAGUAACCCUUUUGGAAGGUCGUCCGGAGGAACCAACCUCUUUAACAAAAACGGAGGUGCUAGCAGCACGAGCCAGUUCGGCAACGCGAGAAGCUUCUUUGGGAAGCCCCCCGUGGGUAGAAACAUUUUUGGAGCCAGCAGCAGUUUGGUGAACAAUGUGAGCAGUUCCUUGAAUAGCGACGGCACGCUGUUGGCCGACGCUGCCCGGGGCGCCAUGGUUUCCGGUGUCAGCGGCAUUGGCAGUGUUAGCGGUGUCGCCAGCGUUGCUGGGCUGCUGAGUGCCAACGCUCAGAGCGCCCCCGACAGUAGGUGCGGCGCCCCUGCCGAGAGCCUCCUGAAUACAAGCGGAAAGUUAAUAAGUGACGGUCCCAAAGACAGCAGUGUAUAUUCAGCUCAAAAGGAGAAUCCCACCAGGGAUGUUGCCGUUCCAAGCAGCACCAACGGUGUGGGUCUUCCAAGCAGCAGCAACAAUGUUGGCCUCCCAAGCAGCGAAGCAAGUGGCGUCACCGACCCGUCCCAAGGGUACCUGGGUAGAGUCCCAAAUGGGAUGCGAAACAACAGUGACGUUAACGCAAGAGUUAUGCAGUUUAAGAAUACCCUGUCGAAUAUUAAGAGUAAAACAUCUGGAGGUCCCAACGAACCGAUGGAACGUAGCAGCGGGGACAGUGAAGCUCAAGUGGCUCAAAAAGGUGUGGCAGAUCUCCCCGAUACGAGUGAAAACCCCCCUGGAGGGGAUCCACUUGGGGUGGAAAAAAAUGACGCACAUAAACAAUCAGAAUCAUUGCAGUAUCAGAAUGAGGACAAAACAAGAGAUAGUAAUAAUAAUAAUGACGUGGCUGCGCAGCCAAGAUGUGAUAGACAGAGUGAAGAAUCAGCCAAAGCAUGUCCAGACAAUGACAAGGGAGAGGGCACCAACAUUCGAAGGACUUUCUCGAGCUAUUUUAACACGUUCAUUCCGUCGAUAUUUUCAAGCCCUAAUAAACAAGCCGUAAAAGAGGAGUACCCCAAAGGGGACGCUUCAAAUGUGGAGGUGAAGACAGGCAAUGUGGAGGUGGAGACAGGAAACGUGGAGGUGGAGACAGGAAGCAUGGAGGUGGAGACAGGCAACCUCGAGGUGAACAAAAACGUCCAUGUUAGUCCACUUGGUAAGGAUGUAUCGGAGGGGGACAAACCGGAUACAAAUCCUCUAUGCAGUGACAAGGAGGGAAAAACGAAGACAUUCUUUAGGGCCCCCCCAUUGAGGGACCCACCGAAUGGAACUCUCCCUUCAGAAACGGAUGGUGGCAACACGGUGACAAACAGUCGUGACAGUGUCUUACUAAAUGGUGAAAAAAUAAAUGAACCUCUACAUUUCGAUCCGUUUGUAGAUUCUGACAAUCCGAAUUGUAGCAACCACGAGGCGCCGUCGUUUAGCAGCCAAAAUGAGACACAGAUCCGCUCCAUAGGAGAGCCCCCGCAUGAGCAGAUUCACAACACGAAGACGGGCGAAGUGCUAAAUCUCCCAUUUGACGUUAGUCAAAACGGUGCAGUGAACCCUCUCAGUGAUGAGAAUAACAAAACGGGGAGUCUAUUCAAUCACGCGGGUAGUGUUCCAACUAGUGCGGCCCACCCAGGGGUGGAAGGCAAAAUGGAUCCUACGGCGGGGAUCAUUCCCUUCUCAAACGUAAAUGCUGGACGCACUGCAGAUGAGGUUGGGACGAUUCCCAAUACGGUGACCCCCGCUUUGGACGAGAAAUCGGGUAAGAGAUUCCUCGUGGGUAGUGCGUUGCACAAUGUUAAUAGCCAACACAACAGCGGUAGUGCCACGUCUGCUGUCUUCAGUAGGGAUGCUCAACCCCGGGGCAUCUUUCAGAAGGACCCAAGUCACAACCACCUGAUCGAAGUAGACAAUGCAGACAGCUUAGAAAAUAAAGAGCACCUCGAAAAAAUGAACCAAAUAUAUAAAAACAUAAAUUGCAUAAACAAAAACAUAAGCUAUAUUAAUAAGUACGUCCCGUCCACCAUUGAAGAUGUGGACAAUUAUCUGCAGGGGGGUAUAACCUCGGUGCAGAAUUACGACGCCUUGUCUAGUGCAAAUCGAACGUGUCUAGAAAAAAUGAAUGCACCUGGUAGUUCCGCACAGUCAAAUAAGGAAUUAAAAAAUAUGAUAAACGUUUUGAAUAAGCAAAUGGGUAAAGGGGGUGGACCCUCUGGGGGGGGAGACAACAGGGGGGUGGUAGCACUUGGGCCGGUGAAGGGGACGCUGUUUUGUAACCCCUUUAAUAGAGCUAGCCAGGUGGAUAUGACACAUAACACGAAAGCAGGAGUGAUGCCUAGCGCGCCAGACGGAGGGUCUUCCAGAUGCUACCCCAUUUUUAAUGCCACAGGGAAACAAGCCCCCCCUGGUGGCAAUCUUGUAAACACGAAUAUGCUCACACCCCGAGAAAAAUUAAAAUUAAUAAAUGAGACUUCCAAAGAAAUUGCAACGAAUGAAGAAUCUGAUGUGGACGAGAAAAUACCUGAACAUGUUCAGAAAAUUAUGGAAAGAAGAGAAUAUUUUAAAACAAAAAAUAAGUUAACAAACAGUGACUCAAAGAAAAGCAUCAUCGGAAUGAAAAAAAUCAAACCAUUUGUCCCAUCCGAGUGUAGUGAAUCUUUUAGAAACACCUUUUACACUAAUGAAAAUAGCAAAAAUAAGAAUAAUGUUUUUUCAUUACAAAAUUUAAGCAGUAUGAAUAUUUUGAGCCCCAACCAAGGGAGUAGUAGCGCUGCUGCGAGUGGCAACAUUAUGGGCAUCGUGGAGAGGGGACUGAAUAACAAUGCCUUUGCUCCCCUUGGAGGUGAGGCUCCUCCUAUGAUGAAUAGUGUUGAUCAUUUUAAGAUAGCGGACCAUUCAAACAACGGUGCUGCCGCUAUAGGCACUUCUUACCCGACGGUGGAUGACCGCAGUGCCAUUUUUAAGGACUACCCAGUGGAGGAGCAGAGCAGAAGCGAAACGCACACACAUAGUAGCAGUGCGAAUUUUUUUAUAUAUAAAAAUAUGCCACCUUCGUCGAGUAACACCAUGAUGAAUUGCGCUUUUUCGAGUGAAAAUGCACAGGAUGGUUAUAACCCCUUGGUGCCGACCAGAAAUUGUAGCAGUGCAAUUAAUUCAGGCGAGUUAAUCGGUAGGGUGAAUGGCAGUGGCCGAGGAGGCGAGACCAAACCAUCAGGAGAAUCUCUCAUGAAGAUGGAAGAAGAGCUAAACAGACAAACCGAUUUUAUUUCGAACAUCUACACACGUUUAGGGAAAAACAAUUUUAUUUACGACAACCGCGAGGGGAUAGACUCGACGGCUGAUGAGCAGAGAGGUGACCUUAGGGACGAUGGAGUGGACCCCGCGGUUACCAACACGGAUGACACCCCAUUAAGGAAGAGAAGCCUGGACAGCAUCAGUCGCGUCCACCACGAGAACGAUGACGUACGUGACGAUGAAUGCAACCCGUUCGAUAACGUCGAUAACGUGGAUAACGUCGAGAACGCAGAUGACGACGAUCCCACGUGCUCACACAAGAAAAAAAGGAAAUUCACUCCCAAUGAAAUCAACUCAGAAAUGCUUCAAAAGGAAAACAGAUGCAUUGACAUAUCCAACUGUGUUAAAGAGAUUAGGGACUCCAUGACGUUGGAGGAUAUUUCGGCCAACUUGAGCAAAUACACCCUGGAAAGCGAACGGAUUUUGUGCGAUAUAAUUAACGACACUUUUAAAAUGUCUCUGAAGAUUUCUUCGCUGAGCGAUUUACCCUUUCUGUUCGAGGACUCCCCCUGA